AUGGACACUUCUGGCACAUUGAUCUCACGAGUUUUUCGCGGCAAAAUGCUUCACUGGAUUCAACGGCAUGCACCUUUUAUUUCAAUUUUUUUGCGCAAGCGACGCCUUUUCAGUGCGCUGAUAUUACUUUUUUGCAUCUUUCCGUGCAUCCUGUUUGUCCAGAAGCUCGACGGAAGCCCGUAUGACUUGGCCUACUCACAACUCGAUAGGCUACGAACGGGUUCAUUACAUUCUCCCUCAAAUAUCGAUGCAGCAUACGAUUUGCGGCAGCUGUACAAAACCUUGCAUUUCGACACUGGCUUUGAAUAUCCAACGGGCUACGAGCUCCAAAAAGACCUACUCACCAUUCAUUAUGGCCCUCAAAGAGGUCAAAAAGUCGAAUCUGUAGACGACCUACAGUUUUACGAUUCCGAUCCACGUUUGCUAUGGAGUGUACUGGCUAGCCAUCUGACAAGUGAAGCCACUACUUCGACCCCACUUCCGUUCUCGUGGUACGAUUGGGCCGACUUUCACGAUUACAACAAACUUAUCGCGGUGCGACAGUGUUUGCAAAGCUGCAGUUUUUUCUUUGGCCACCAUUUCAACUCGUCUCUCUUAUUGGAGAUCGAGCGCGAGACUGGCGAGCAGUUAUUUGCCAUCGACAGGGGUUACUACAGUACACAAGAUGAUCCCGAGCUUAGCGAAUUGGAGAUCACUGAAAUGAUCCAGCGUGAAAAUAGUUCUUGUGUGACUGACAUCAGUUUCUAUGCAGACUCAGAGCAGUCAAGGUCGUCCCACGCCUUUUCAGUAGGUUUCGUUGUCAAGUCUCUUCAAGACCAGGUGAGACCAGAAGUUUACCGAUUGCAAGCCAGGAAUCACCUUCUUCAUGCAUUGAAAAUUCCUUUGUCUCUUACUAUCCUGAACGGCGACCGCGGUGCCUGGCAGGUUCCAAUCAGGCAAGAUAAUCGUCAGAAUAUGGUUCAGUCUGGGCUGCUGCAAAAGUACUUAAAAAGCGCUCUCAAAGGCUCUGAUAAGCCUCUUGAACUCGACUUUGUGUCGGAGUUUGACAGAUUCUCCAAAAGUGAAGCGUCGAAAUUCCUCACUCUCAAGACAUUAGAUUUACAUGAAGAGAAAGAUAAAGCUUUCAAGGGCUUAUUCACGCACCUCGAAAAAGAAGAUUUCGAGUUCGAUGCUAUCGCUAAAAUUGAAGAGCUUUCAUCGCGCUCCAGAUCGCUGUCCGCCCACGAGUCGUCUUAUUUGGACAGUUUAAUCUUUUCAACACAAACCCAUUUCGCAUUCGCGCCAAAAUACUUUCACGAACCUGGGGGGCUCAAGGACUUUCUGCAGCUAGGAAGGCAUCACGACUCGAGGUUUUUCAAUGGCGCUAUUUUUCGGGAUCCGAAAGAAACACUAUUACGCUUAAAUUCGAUGGUUAUCACUUUUCAGAAAUUCUUGAAAGCGAACAGUCUCACUUGUUGGCUAGCGCAUGGUUCUCUCUUUGGCUAUCUUUACAACGGCCUCAACUUUCCUUGGGAUAAUGAUUUUGACGUGCAAAUGCCAAUCCGCCAUUUACACAUUUUAGCCCUGAACUUCAAUCAGUCGCUGGUCGUGGAAGAUCCAAGAGAAGGAAACGGUAGGUUUUUAAUGGAUGUGGGGAGCUCGAUAACCCAUCGUACACAAGGAAAUGGCAACAACAAUAUUGAUGCCAGGUUUAUUGACAUCGACUCUGGCCUCUACAUCGAUAUAACAGCAUUAAGUGUAUCCUCCGCCAUGCUGUCCAAUCAUGACGCAGUUCUCUUUCAGCAAAACAAAGAUAGCAUCGGGACUGAGAUCAAGCACAGCGACCCCAAUUUGAUAGCUAACAUAACGGAUAUUCCUCUCCAGGUUCUUUACAACAAGAUACAAAACGACACAACGCGCUCUGAUGAGGAAAGACGUCAAGUUCAAGAGCUAGCAGAAAAAUUUAACAAGGAUUUUCCCAGCAAUCAGUCGCCAACGAAGUUUUUUUCGGCGGAACAGCGGUACAAUCUUAAUCAUGAGCUUGGAUUGUAUAACUGCCGCAACCAUCACUUUGUCCAGUUUGAUUCGGUAUCACAGCUGAUUGCUACCAAAUUUCAUGGUGUUUCUGCACUGGUUCCAAGCAAAUACAUCACACUUCUGAAAAGAGAAUACAGGGUACCAAUGAAGUUUCGUGCUGUAACUUUCCAGACUAGAUCUUUUGUCCAGGGUAUAAGAUCGUGGGUACAAUCGUCCUUGCUAAAAAAAUUGAUGAAUAUCACUGGACGUCGCGAAAACCUGGAGGAUGUCAAAUCGCCUGCGAACAAUCUAAAAUCUGGCGAUGUUGAUAUCAUUUUGAGGAACAGUGCACGGUCUAAUUCCGUUGAUUUCCUCUCUUAUGUGCAUAACAGUAAAGAGAUCAGCACCUAUAGACGGAAGGAAAUUGAGCUACAGUUUUCGGAAACCUAUAGCUCUGAAGAGAAAAUUUCUAUGCUACAACAGCUCGACGCUAGCAUUGGAACGCGGUUGAAGCCAGUGAUGGAGGAUCCGCGAAUCAAUAGCCUCCGAAAAAAAAUGUGGCAUACAUUGUCUGGUGAUGCUCAGUUGACUCCUGAGAUUCUUAUGGAUCUUAAUCUGGAAAUCGCUGAAGAAACUAUAGCAUGGAACUCGCUGCUGGACGGGAGAGCUCUGCCAUUUUUAAUCGGCGUUCAAGAGGAAGAAGAAGCGGCAGGGGGAAAUCAUGAUUUGAAUUUGAAGGAUCUUGCUAUUGAUCUCUCCAACGUUUUCGCUCGGGAUCCAAACUUCUAG